AUGGCAGACACAUCAGGAGCCAUACAAAGGUUGGCUCAAAUACAAGCAUCGCUUUCACGCCCUGUGGAGGAUGCACCUCUUUAUCAUCUCAGCAAGAACUCUGGUACUCCUUGGAAGCCCAGAGAUCGGCCAUUCAAUUCGACGCCUCCAGUGAAGUUGAUCAUCGUUGGCGCUGGAAUUGCUGGGGUUGCAGCUUCCAUACUGAUAUCGAGGAAGGUCAAGAAUUUGUCCUAUACCGUGUAUGAGCGUCAGGACACAGUGGGUGGUACAUGGGCUCAAAAUCGUUAUCCGGGAGUAAGAUGUGAUAUUCCUUCACACAGUUACCAAUUGACAUUUGCACCCCAUCCUCGCUGGUCAGAGUACUACUCCCCUGGGUGGGAAAUACGCGGAUAUUAUGAACAACUCGUCAAGGACUAUGGAGUCGAUGAGCAUCUUCGCCUGAAACACGACGUCCUUUCGGCGAAAUGGUCUGAAGAACUUCACCAAUGGGUUGUCAAAAUCAAGGAUCUCACCACCGGGGAGAUCUUCAAUGAUACAUCAAACUUCUUCGUUGAGGCAGCUGGAAGGUUGAAUGUGCCUAGCUUUCCAAGCAUUCUUGGAUUAGACACAGAGUACAAGGGAGUUGUGGUUCACACAUCUCAAUGGACUGAAGAGCUCACCCGAAUCCUCGAAGGUAAGCGUAUCGCUGUUAUUGGAAAUGGCGCAAGUGGACAGCAAUUUCUGGUCAACACCUUAGAUCUACCAGCGCACGUCGACCACUAUGUCAGGUCACGGCAAUGGAUCGUCCCAGCUUUCUCACCCAACUUCAUCUCAGCAACAACCGAUGUCCUUGGAGGACAUGUAUUUACUGAAGAAGAGAAAGAGAGGUUUGUGACAGAUCCUAGUGCAUAUCUUGAAUAUCGGAAGUCGAUCGAGAAAAACCUGCACGGGAGAUUUGAAGGAACCAUACUUGGGAGCGAGGCCCAUGACAAAACAUGGCAGGCAUUCCGGGCUGCACUCUGGACCCGAGUUGGUGGUGACAAAGCUUGGUUUGAGCGACUGGUGCCAGAUUUUGCGCCUGGGUGCAAGCGGCCGACACCCUCAGCGGGCUACAUCGAAGCAAUACAAAGCUCGAAAGUGGACUAUGUCGACGACUCGAGGAUAACACAUGCCACGGUGGAUGGACUAGUAACGGAAGACGGCAAAGAGAGAAAAGUCGAUAUCGUGGUUGCUGCAACAGGCUUCAAGAAAGGCUUCCUCCCGCAGUUUCCCACUGUCGGUAAGAACGGGCACGACCUGAGUGAAUAUUGGGCCGCAGAUGGGCCUGUUGGCUAUCCCCAGACCUAUUUUGGUAUCAUGGCACCCAAUAUGCCCAAUUACUUUGCAGUUGUCCAGGCAAAUACCACUGGGUUGGGUGGCACUUUCCCCCUCAACACCGAGAUAUCUGCGACCUACAUUGCAAAGGUUAUUCGGAAGGUGCAAAGUCAAGGCUACAAGGCAAUCUACCCUUCUCAGGAAGCGACGGACGAUUUCAAUGAGAUCAUCGCCAACCAUUUCGAUGACAAAGCCAUUUCUUCCGACUGCGACGGGUGGUGGAAGGCAGGAUUUGGGAAGUCUCGACCUCUGCUUCAAUGGCCUGGAAGUGGCCAUCACCGGAUCGAUGUAAGUCGAGAUCCACGAUGGGAAGACUUUGUAUUUGAAAGAGAUGAAGAAGGAAGGCGAAACAGGUUUGAGUAUUUUGGCAAUGGAUUCACCGAGCGUGAGAAGCUUGGAGACGAAUCCAACCUCACAAACUACCUCAAAGAGGUGGGAAAGAUUGAUCUAGCAACGCUGCACGAGACCUGGUACGAAUAA